AUGAACUCGAAAAGCGAAACUGACGAAGCUUCAAGGGGGAGCGAAGCAUCAUCGUCAAAAAAUCCAGCCCCGAAUACUAGUGAGGAGGAGCCUACGACAAGUUUAUGUUCUGGUGCAGUAACCAGUCGUACUGAAGACAUUAUGAAGCGUGCUGCUGCUAGACAGCUGAUCGAGAGGUAUUUCUACCAGCUAUUGGAUGGCUGCGGCAAUCCAAACUGCGACAAUCAAUACUGUGCAUCAAGUGGAGAGGCCAGGAACUUAUCACCAAAUGAGGCAGCUGCAGAAGCCAUAAAACUGUUCUACAAAGAGGCUCGCCUUUGUGACACACUACCUAAUAAAGUCCCUCGCACAGAGGCUAGUGGCUGUGACACUAGUGCGGGCACAACACGUAACACUUCAAAAGACAAAGAUGAUAACAAGGACAAAGAGGCCCAGCCGUCCAGCAACGCGAGGGAGAGCACAUCCAAGGAGGAAGAACCACAAACUAGUCAUAAUGUAUCUCACCAAGAAGAAUCCAAAAGUCGUAGUCAUAACAAUGGUGCCCCAUUGACGGAGGAGCGUAUGUAUGAGCUAUGUAAGGAGUGUCAGCAGAAUAAAGUUCGGGAGCCACUGAUCAGGGCUCUUGGGGAGGCGUUCACACAACCAGCCAUACUCGCGAGGUGUUUUGCUAGUAAGCCCACUGCGAAUAGCGACGAGGAUGUUAAAAUGAAAGAUGAUAAGGAGGCAAAAGCAAUAUCUUUACCGGGUGAUCCGGAUAAAGACGUGGAUAGCGUGGCGGGGCCAGAGCUGGACGUGGCCUCGUGUCGUAGAGCUUUUCAAUACCUUGCCAAAGUGCCAUCCGAGUAUUAUAGCUCAGCGUUAGUGACGUCACUAAAAACGCUAGCUGACAAUAUGUGCAUAGAUUUGCGGAUAACAAAAAAAAUGAGCACAGAAGAUGUGGUGAACUGCUUCGUUAUCGCCUUCGAAGUGCCAGACCUUGGAUGCAGUGACUAUCUUGAAAUAGCGCUGCCUGCACUAUGCCAGGCGGCUGAACAUUUAUCCCUUAUAGGUAAAGCACGACUAGCGCGUAUCUGGUCACUGUACUGCAAGGACAGCCUGCGUCAUAUAUUGGAGACUCUGCAGCAACUCAUCACGCUCAGGGUCAUAUCCACCAACUACACGAGACAGUUCCAACUGCAAGACGAUGAGGUUGUUACAAUGGCAACUAAGUUUAUGAAGAUAGUAUACUACGCAAAUAUGUUAGCUGGUUCGAUGGACUCAAAUACUCUACGAGAAGACUCCAUAGUCAUCGCCAGUCAACAAGACCCGUUCGAAAAUGUGUUAGACCUGUACCCACCGAGUUCCAUGAAGGCUUCGAAACAUUUGCAGUUCGAGGACCCCCUAGCCAUUGAAUUAGAUAUGUAUCCAUUAGACUCUAGAAAACCAUACUUGCCAUUCGAGGAGUUCUAUAACGAACCUCUUAGUGAUACUGUUGAGAUGGACAUAGACUUCGGAAAUUAUAAGACGGAAACUAAUAAAGGUAAAAAAUUCGCGUUCCUAAGGUACCCAUUUAUAUUGACGGUGGCCACGAAAUCUCUUGGCCUAUACUAUGAGAACAGAAUUCGGAUGUAUUCGGAACGUCGAGUAUCGUUACUGCACGCCGUAGUAGGGGCCGCGCCACCCAUGCCUUUCCUUAGGCUCAAAGUCCGGCGAACUCAUAUCAUUGAUGACGCUUUAGUUGGGUUGGAAAUGGUAGCGAUGGAGCGAGCUUUGGAUCUAAAAAAGCAAUUGGUGGUCGAGUUUGAAGGGGAACAGGGCGUGGACGAGGGCGGAGUCUCGAAGGAGUUCUUCCAGUUAAUUGUUGAGGAAAUAUUUAACCCUGACUACGGCAUGUUCACUCACCGCCCCGACUCGCAAACUGUGUGGUUCAACAUGACAUCAUUUGAAACCGAGGCGCAGUUCACGUUAAUCGGCAUAGUACUUGGCCUAGCGAUCUACAAUAACGUUAUACUGGCUGUCAAUUUCCCUAUGGUUGUGUAUAGGAAGCUAAUGGGCAAGAAGGGAUCUUUUGAAGAUCUGGCUGAUUGGAGUCCCAUAUUAUACAAUGGUUUAAAAGACAUGCUGGAUUAUACAGGCGAUGAUUUAGAAGAAGUAUAUUAUCAAACGUUUAGGAUUUGGUACACAGAUGUAUUUGGCAAUGCCGUCUUCCAUGAUCUAGAAGAGGAUGGAGACAAUAUAUUUGUUACACAGGAAAAUAAAAGGGAUUUUGUAGAAAUGUAUGCGGACUUCUUGUUAAAUGAAUCUGUGGAGACACAGUUCAAGGCGUUUAGACGUGGCUUCCUGAUGGUCACUGACGAGAGUCCACUGGCUGAGCUCUUCCGACCCGAAGAAGUUGAAAUGCUCGUCUGUGGUAGCAAGAACUUGGACUUUAGCGAAUUGGAGAAAUCGACGGAAUAUGACGGCGGCUACACAGCAGAGUCACAAACAAUAAAGGACUUCUGGAGCGUAGUGCACAGUCUAACUUUAGACGACAAGCGCAAACUGCUGGAGUUCACAACCGGGUCGGAUCGUGUACCAGUCGGGGGGCUUAGCCAUCUAAAACUUGUAAUCGCCAGAAAUGGACCAGAUUGCGACCGUCUACCGACCGCUCAUACUUGCUUCAAUGUCCUCCUCCUCCCAGAAUAUGAGACGAAGGAUAAACUACAAGAUAGACUGAUGAAAGCCAUAAGUUACUCCAAAGGCUUCGGAUUGCUUUAA